AUGUCUCCACACCCACCACCAAACCCGAGUUCUCCAUCACCCACCGGCCACACCACUUCAUCCCGCUCCACCUCCUCCAGCUCCAUCCACUCCACCACCCUCCUCACCCCCGGCGGCGCUUCUCCAACUCCCGGCAAUGAGGCAACCCCCACUAGCCUCUACCACAAAACAAUUGCCCUAGACGAGGCCACCAAAGACAUCGUGGGCGAAAUUUCCCAACUGGAGCGAGACUACGCAGACCUCAAGAGCAAGAAGGCCGAGCUGGAGCUGAAGAUAGAGGAGCUGAAGCGCGAUAUGGUGGCGCUGAAUGCAGCGGAGAAAAAGGCCGCAGAGAAAUGCAAGGAAGAACGUGCUUGUCUGGAAGAAUGGGAGAAGAAGUUGGAAUUGUUGAUGGAGAACCUCAAAGAGCUAUAUUCUCACAGCAAGGGUGCAGUGAUGAAGGCCGUAACAGCUGCGUUGCUUUACAUCCCGUUGGUAUCGCUCGGAGUUACAGUGGUCGCGACGGAAGUGGCGAUAGGUUGGAGGAUGGUGUCUUGGGGAGUCGCCGCGGUCAGCCGGUGA